ACACGAUGAGAUGCGGUAUAACCAUAACCUCUUCUAAAUAAUAAGUCGAUCCAAGAAUGACUAUAAGAAUGAUGUCAAAUUUAAUGAAUCAGUCGGUUUUCUUAUUGAAUAGAAGCUCGAUUCAAAUUUUGAAAAAAAACUUGCCAAACUUCAGACAGUAUUAUCCACAAAUUAGAUGUAUAAAUACCUCUGUAGCUUACUAUCAGUCUAAUAAUGUAGGGUCAUUGCCCGAAAAAAAGAAGAGCAUCCUUGAAAAAAAUCCUAUUACAUGGAAAAGUGCCAUUGUAACAGGUACAAUAGGUAUUGCUCUUUUAUCGUACUUAUAUUAUCUACAAAAUGUGAGAGAUAAAGAAAUAGAACGUGAAAGAAGACGUGAAUUAGGAAAAGCAGCAAUAGGAGGGAAAUUUGAGUUAGUUGAUCCCGAAGGAAAAACUGUGAAGUCAGAUGACUUUUUAGGACAGUGGCUAUUGAUUUAUUUUGGUUUCACGCACUGUCCUGAUAUCUGUCCUGAUGAACUUGAGAAAAUGAAAAAAACUGCUCACCUGUUGGAAACAGAACAUAAGAUUAAAGUUCAGCCUUUGUUUAUCUCUGUUGAUCCUGACAGAGAUACACCAGAAAUUGUAGGAAAAUAUGUUAAAGAAUUUUCUGACAAAUUUAUUGGUCUUACUGGAACAAAGGAACAAGUUAAUAAAGUCUGCAAAGCAUACAGAGUGUACUAUAGUAGUGGACCUAAAGAUCAGGAUGCAGAUUACAUUGUUGAUCAUACAAUUAUCAUAUAUUUGAUAGAUCCAGAUGGUUUAUUUGUAGAUUAUUAUGGUUUAACUCACACUGCUGAGCAGAUUGCACAAAGUGUUGCUUUAAAUAAAGUUAAAUAUGACAGUGUAAAAAGUGAUUCCUGGGUCCCGUCAUUAUCGUUGAAAAGUCCAUUACCAGCGUAAUUUAUACAUUAUGUGCAUUUUUGCAUGUUAAUAGAUAAUUUUUGAAAAUUUUCCAAUAGUGCAUUUUUAUAUUAAUUAAUUACUGGCUGAAUCUUUACAAAACCUGUAUGUGAAAGUUGCUGCGAAUAUGUACAUAAAUUGUUCGUAAAGAAGUUA